AUACAAAAUAAAGAAAUUUAAAUAGACGUAAAAACGUGGUUAUGUAUUUUUGGGCGAUAAACUUACACAAUUGUUUAAAGUACACACAUUAAAGGAUAUUUUAACAUUGACUUUUUAUUUAAUAUUUAGAUAAACAAAGAAUUAUAUUAUUGAUAAUUUUAUUUAUAUAAAUGGCUACUGUACAAUAUACACAGAAAGAAAUAGAAAAGAAACGCUUGGAAGCAUUACAAAGAAAACGACAAAUUCAAUCAAAAGUAACAGCACCAUUUGAUCCAGGAAAAGUACAACAAAAUCAAAAUAUAAAGUUACCUAUAAAAAGUUCUUCACAAAAUGCAAGUAAUCUUCGACGGCCUAUUACUGAUCCUAUACUCAAAUCUGAACCAAACAAUUCUCAGAUUGGGCCUAUGCGAAAAUACAAAACAAAUAAUAGAUAUACACCUAUGACACCACAAAAAUUUUUUGGUAUUAAUUCUGUUAUAACAGGAAAAUGCUAUAUGAUUACUAACGAAAGAUUUGCAAUAGAAAUAUCAUCUUAUUUACCAUCUGUAAUUGAAAUAUUUAAAACGGUGAACAGUAGAAUAUAUGAUAUAAAGACGAAGAUAUGGAAUUUUCAUCUGAAAGAUUAUGAUAAUUUAAUAAAGAAGCUAUUGGAAUUAAAAUCUAAUCUUUCUAUAAUACAAAUACCAAAAUCUGUCCUUCAGAUUUUCCAGAAAAACUUAAAUUCACCUAAUGAAAUAUCUUCUAUUGAUCUGUCAUCAAUAGAUGCAACAUUGAGAGAUAUGUUAAUGCCUUUUCAACAAGAAGGCAUCUGUUAUGGUAUUUCAAAAAAUGGUUGUUGUAUAAUUGCUGAUGAUAUGGGAUUGGGAAAAACAUUGCAAGCAUUAGGAAUAGCAUAUUACUUUAAAGAUAGUUGGCCUUUGUUAAUUGUAGCACCAUCCUCUGUUAGGUAUCAAUGGUCCGAAGCUAUUUAUAAUUUUUUACCAUCUAUACCUGCACAUUAUGUUCAUCAAUUUACCAAUGCUAAAGACUUUGUUAGUGAUGUAAAAAUUGUUAUAGUAUCUUAUGAUAUAUUAGUAAGAGCAGUAGAAAUAUUUAAAAGGCGUGUUUUUGGAUUUAUCAUUUUGGAUGAAUCCCACAUUUUGAAAAACAAUAAAACUGCUAGAUUUAAUGCAGUACAAAGCACUGUAUCUAAUGCACGACAUAUAAUUUUACUUAGUGGAACACCAGCCUUGUCUCGUCCUAUAGAAUUAUAUACUCAGGUUAAUCUUGUGCUUCCCAAUUUUAUGGGAUUUCAAGAGUAUGGAAUUCGAUAUUGUGCAGGAGAAAAAAAACUUUUUGGCUGGGAUUUUACUGGAUCAUCAAAUAUGCAGGAAUUACAAUUACUACUAAAAUCAACUUGUAUGAUUAGACGAUUAAAAGCUGAUGUGUUAAAUCAAUUACCAUCAAAAAUAAGGCAGGUCAUUAUAUUGAAUCCAGAUCUUAUAAAAGUAGGUACGAAAGAAAUGGAAGAUAUGUCCAAAGAGUUAGAGAAAAAAGUUUCAACUGGUCUAGAACAUCAUAAUGCACUUCUUCAGUAUUAUAAUACAUCAAGUUUUGUAAGAUUAAAAGCUGUAUGUAAACAUAUUACUCAACUGUUCGAAACUAAACAGAAGUGUCUUAUUUAUGCUCAUCAUCAACAUGUUUUAGAUGCAAUAUGUGAUAUUGCAGAAUCUAUGGAAAUAGGAUAUAUAAGGAUCGAUGGAAGGACAAGUUCAAAUAGAAGAAAAGAUUUGAUCAAUAAUUUUCAAGAUAAUACAAAUUGUUUGGUAGCUAUCUUAUCUAUAACUGCUGCAAAUGCUGGCAUUACACUAACAGCUGCACAACUAGUAGUUUUUGCAGAAUUAUUUUGGAACCCUGGAAUUUUAUGCCAAGCAGAAGAUAGAGUACACCGAAUAGGACAAGAUAGUAAUGUUGUUAUCCAAUAUUUAGUGGCAAAACAAACAGCUGAUGAUCAUUUAUGGUCAUUAAUACAAAGAAAGAUAAAUAUACUAUGCAAAGUUGGUCUCAAUCAAAAUAUUCUCAUGGACGAAGCGGAAGUAACAAAUCAAGUAUUAAAACAAAAUGACCAGUUAAAAAUAGAGUUCUUCAUGGAAAAAACUCCAAAAAAGAGUUUGAAAUCAGAUGAUAAGAUGGAUAUAAGUGAUGAAAUAAAUAACGAUAAAUCAUUAGAAAAUAAUGAAGAAAAAGAAGAAAUUCCUAUUAUAGAUAUUAAAGAAUUACUAAAUUUAGGUGAAGAAGAUCUACAAAAUUGUGAUUGGAAUUUCUAAUAAAUAGAAUUUAAGAUUACAUUGAUUAAGAUAGUUAUUUGAAUAAAACAAAAAAAUUAUAAUGGAUAAAACCAAUUUUGCAUUUAUAACAGAUUUAUAUUAGUAACUA